GGGGGCAGGUCGGGAGCCCCUGGGGCAGGUCUAGGGGGUCGUGGGGCAGGUUGGGAGGCCCCAGGGCAGGUCUAGGGGGCAGUUUCGGAGGUGAGGGCAUGGGUCGGGGUCUCCGCCUGCCACUCCCCGGGGCCUCCCCCGUUGUCCCCACCACCUCGGGGGCAGCAGCCCCCCGGCACGCAACGCCGUGCGACAGCCCCUCUGGCCGGGGGCUGCGCGCACCCACCCUCACUCCGCACCCACCCGUAAGCCGGGGCGAGGUGUGUCUCCCCGCGCAGCGAGUCACGGGCUUAUUCAUCGCUUCCUGCCCUGGGCCGUUGCAUAAGCCUUGCUUUGUUCCACCUCGGAGGCAGCUGCGUUUCAUUAGCGGGUGAAGCGAUUUCUUUAGAGGUUGGGAAAACGCUUGGGAAUAAAAAGUGCCAGAGAAAAAUGUAAGAGUUUUUCGGCCCGUGCUCACACAGGCAGAACACACAGAGCUGCUGGGAGAUCGCGGCUGGAUUACAGUCUUCGUUACGCAGGUGGCGGCUUGGAGCAGCUCCUGAGCGUACCCGGCGCCUAACUUCUCUUAUUCCACCACGAUAAUUUGGAAACGGCCCCCGCGGAUCACGUCCGGUAUCAGAUGAGUCUCUCGUGUCCAGAGCCUGGUGUAUAAUUCACAUUAUUUUGGGUAUCAUGGCAGGAAAACGCCUCUUUUUGCGACAGGAAUAAUAAAACAAUCUGUACUUGGAGCUUCUGUCAUUUCCUUCCGGGGUGAUGAAACUCCAUCUUAAGCAAAAAGCUUCUUCUUCUUUUCUGCUGAGAACCUGUCCGCAUUUGGGUCUCGUUCGCGGGCUGUCCGCAUCCCAGACCCAUUCAGAUGACGAUGAUGAUGAAGUUUCUUUUCCUUGUGGCCGGUAUGUUUUCCUUUCCUCGCGCUCUACCCGACCGGAGAUGUCCGCUCACCCUCCUCUUCCUCCCGCAGGAGCCGUGGCAGCCCCCGAGCUCUCCCCACCUCCGCUCGGCCUGCUCACCGGAGAAGAAGGGGGUCGCGUUCGAAUCAGCUGCUUCGCCCCGCGGAGCUACGCCGGCAGCACGUUCGAGCUCUUCGGCGUGGGCGCGAGCCACCCGGCGCAGAGCGUCUCCGCCGAGCCGGGCCAGUCCAAAGUCGACUUUGUCCUGGACGGGGCCGCCCCGGGCUCCCGGUGCUACCGGUGCCGGUACAGGAGCUACAACGGAAGCGCCUGGCAGAGCUCCGACUUCAGCAUGGAGAUCAUGGUGAACGCCUCGGCUGACACGAGCUGCACUGCCCCGGCCGUCCCGAGCGGCCUGCCCCAGCCGACGGCGAUGACCCUGCGGCAAGCUCGCCCCUGGAUCCUGCCGGUCGCUCUGAGCGUGGCCGGCCUGGUGCUGCUGGUGGUGGCGGUGGCGGUGGCGGCCCGGCGAGUCAGGGCCAGAAGACAGCAGACAAAGAGGGAGCGGGCGUCGUGCUGGACGGAGACGCGAUACCCCACGACAGAGCUUUCCUAUGAGAACUGCACCUUCCCCGUCUCCCUGAGUGGACAGCGGGGAGCCGAGAGCGGCCGCGCCACCGCCCCAUCCCCGGAGCUGCCGGAGAAGAGACCCGCCCGCGCCUCCUCCCCGGAGACGCCCCACUUCAGCACCUUCAAGGCUUUCGAGUGACCCCAGUGAUCCCCGGCCGUGCCGGCGGCGUCCCCAGGCGUCACCCCGGGACUCCCCGCAGCUCCGGGGCGCCGCUUUUCCCGGGAAGCCGCGCAGGGAGGACGGAGCACGGCCGUCGGGGAGGCCUGGCCGUGGCCCUGCAGCUCCGCGGAGCGGGGCGGGAUGGACGAGGGCCUUUCCCGGCCGCGGCCCUGGGCACGAUCGGGAGAGGGCGUUUGGGGAAGGACGGAUGGUGCCCGCGGACGGCGUUUGGUCCGACGUCGGAAAAAGGGCAGACGAUGCCAAGCGACAGCUCUCCGGGCGAAGCGCCUCCCGCUCCCGCCCCCUCUCCGGCUGUUUGCUCACACCUUCGCUUUUUUGUUGUUUUUUUUAGGAAAAGAGCGUGGUUUAGCGCGAGACGGGUGCCAGGGCUGCGGGGCCGGGGUGCACUCUGCGGUGCUGCCGCCGUGUCGGCCGUGGCGCCUCUCUGCUGUCAAUAAAGGGUGUUUGUUGCGA